AUGACUCUUACCGAGGAAACUCGCUUUGAUCUCUUGCCAACUUUUGGCCUCAAUGCACUUGCAGCAUUAGCGACUGUCCUCGGCGGAUGUGUCAUCUUCAGCAACAAGCUCUUACAACUAGCUAGUCCAAUGUCCAUGGCUGUAUUGCUCAGCGUCUCGGGAGGCAUCACGCUGUUCCAAGCGCUCGUUGUGUUAUUCGCAAACUCCCUCAAGGAAUUGAACAGCGUCUUCAGUCGCGACGACACUCAGCACACUGCAAACAAAAGAGAGAACGACAGCGAAGACGAUCUAGGUACUGCUUGGCUUGUCACUACGGCGUGCUUUGGAGGAGGCAUCUUUAUCAGUUACCUCGUCGAUCUAGUCGUGCACAAGCUCACGCCGGGUCAAAACGUGAAUGGCACAGCACGAUUGCAAUCAGAUCGUCUAUCGAACGAAGAAGGUCGCGUUGAUGUCAAGCCACCGGUCGAGUUUAUGCAGAGCCAACAAGGCAGUGACGUGUUUAUCAAAAUGGACGAAGCAGCCAAGGAAAAGCUGCAGCGUAUGGGCGUGCUCAGCGCCCUUGCUGUGGGUAUUCACAACAUCCCAGAAGGAAUGGCAACGUUCGUGGCCUCCACAGCGCACGCUUGGCUCGGUUUGUCGCUAGCAAUUGGCGUUGCACUGCAUAAUAUCGCUGAGGGCAUUGCUGUUGCAACUCCAAUCUACUUUGCAACGAGCAGCUCGUGUCGUGCUUUGCUCUGGUGCUUUUUACCCGCUCUCGCACAGCAUCUCGGCGGGCUUAUUGCCUUUGCCUCCAUGGGUAAACAUGCCGAUAAUUGGACACGUGGAGUUCUCUAUGGGCUAUGUGCUGGCAUGCUUGCUGGCAUUAGCUUAAAAGAGAUCAUCCCGACUGCCUACAUGUACGCCAACGGCCGACCUCAUUUGGUUUCGGCCGGCAGUCUCGGUGGCAUGUUCCUCAUGUCUGCCGGUCUCAUCUUGUUCAAGUACAUCGGCGUGUAA